AAUUUGCAAAUCUUCUUUUAUAAUAAAUUCUGAAUUUUACGAAUGAAUAAAUUAGCAAAAAUGUUUAGAACGUAUACGUAAUAUGCAAAAGAGUUUUGUUAUGAAACGAUUUGAGGAAAACCGAAUGACAAUCCAUUUUGUAGUCAAACCUCCAAGAGAAGAGUAUUAAUUAUAGGCCAAUCAAUAUUCAGUAGGUCGCAUGCCAAAACUGGAGGUCAUUAGCAUUCUUGAUUCUAAACUCUUUGCUAAACCGGAGGUCGCGCCAAAAGGUCAAGAACUCGACUUUCAGUUAUCGACCAAUAUUUGAUCUUUACGGUCGAUUUGUUUUUGUACGGAUGAUGAAACUUUCGGCGUUGGUUUUAUUGCUCAUUUGUGGCCAUAAAACCUGGGCUAAAUCGUCACAGGAACGAAUCGUAGGUGGCGUGGAGCUGCCCAUUCAUAUGUCACCCUGGUUGGCUUCUAUUAGUGUGCAUGGGAACUACAGUUGCAGCUCGGCGUUGAUUACUUCCCAGUGGUUGGUCACAGCAGGCCAUUGUGUUAACUAUCCAGAUAGAUACUCCGUUCGCGCAGGAUCCGCAUUUGCUGAUGAGGGUGGUCAGAAAAGGGAGGUGCUGAGGAUUGUCCUUCAUCCAGAUUUCAAGCUGCAGACUCUGGAGAACGAUAUCGCUUUGUUGAAGAUUGGUAAACCCUUCACUCUUGGAGGAAGUGUUCAGCUGGUAAAGCUGCCGCUACCAGGACUUAAUAUCCUUCCCCAAACUCUGUUUGUGGCCGGCUGGGGUAAUCCAGAUGCCGAUGACAGUGACUCGGAACCCAAGCUACGUGGCACUCUGGUGAAGGUUAUAGAUCAGAGACGUUGUCAACGACUUUAUUCGCAAUUGGAUCGACCCAUUACGGAUGACAUGGUGUGUGCGGCGGAUGCUGGACGGGAUCACUGCUACGGAGAUUCAGGAGCUCCGCUGGUUCAUCGUGGCAGUAGCUAUGGCAUCGUAUCCUUUGCCCGUGGCUGUGCUGAUCCUCGUUUUCCAGGAGUCUACACCAGAUUGGCCAACUAUGUUACCUGGAUCUUCAAUGUCCUGGAAAAUGAUAGCAAAAAUAAUCGUAUUAUUAACAUGAAGUGAAAUGUAAUAAUUGAACAAUAAAAGAGAUUUGUAUUAUGCAAGAUUUUCCGUUUUAUGAAUACUAUAUUGUGCCACUUUUUAAAUCAGUUCUUCCUGCAUCUGCUGGUUGCUCAUCGCUCCUGGAAUACUCGUUGCA